UAGGGUGUGGUGCCCCUCCCGAAGUAAAUGUUAGGGAGCGGAGUGGAUGGUUUCUGGGCGAGAGAGAGUUCAGGGUGUGGUGUGUUAUGAGGGCCAAGUGAGUAUGGCGGGUUGGGCUGGGUGGAGCACCCUCUAAAAUUGGAAGACUGCAGGUGGGAGUGGUUAGUGCACAGCAGCAACGGGAAACGGGCACCUUGAAGAGCGGCUGGUAGCGUGAGCAGGGCAGACAGGACGCACUCUGGGACACACAUACAACGCACCUAGGAUCUCUCUUCAACUUUACCGCGCAAAGUUUUGUAGGCACCAAGUGACUUUUAGGACCCGAAAGCGUUUUUUUUAAAUCACGCUUCACACAGAAACCACACGGAGAAAUUUUAAACCGAGCUUCUCCCCCACGAUCAAGCAGGUUACGUUUCACAAACUCUUCAGGAGAAGCCUGAGGAAGCGUUCGGUGUGGAAACCAUGCGUGGCUGUGACUAUCGGGCUACUGUAUUCUUUGCCUCGGUACUUCUGGUUGUUGCUGGACUUGAAGAGGCGUGCGUCAAAGAUCCUAUGGUUGUGGUUAUUCAGCAGAGUACAAUUAAAGCUGGAGAUCUAAUUUCAAAAGUGGAUCUGGAUAACUGCCAACAUGAAACUUUGCUGAUCAGCACCAAUGAUCCUGAUAUCGGUGUGAAAUUUGAUGGCUCUUUGUAUGCUGUUCGUGACUUCAGUGCUACUUCUGAUCAAAAGACCUUUAGCAUUAAGCUGCAAGAUUCAGUGACUCAGAUCACUUGGAAUGUACAAAUCCAGCUACAUUUUCAGGCUGUUCUUGAGAGGCAGAAGCGGCAGGCUGUCCUACUGCAUCGUCAGAAAAGACGUUGGAGACCUCGACCCUUCACCAUCACUGAGAAUGACAUUGGUCCUUUCCCCAAGCGUGUUCAGUUUAUAAGAUCAGAAUUUGAGACUCAGUAUCCCAAUAUUGUCUACACCUUGGAAGGUUCAGGGGUUGAUCUUCCUCCACGUGGCCUGUUAAUUAUAGAUGGCAAAACUGGUGAAAUUAAGGCGACGAGGAGUGUGGAUCGAGAGCAAUAUCCAAUUUUAAAUCUGAUUGGUCAUGCAUUGAAUUCCCCUGAGAAGCCUCUGGAACUAACCAUCAAAAUUAAUGAUGUGAAUGAUAAUGUGCCUAAAUUUACUAAAAAGGAGUUCCAUGCAGUAGUACCUGAGUGUUCAGCAAAUGGUACCUCCGUGCUGAACCUUACUGCUGAAGAUGGGGAUGAAAACAACACUCUAAAUACAAUGCUGAAGUAUAAGAUUCUGUCCCAGUUUCCUGACUCCAGAUUUGGUCAGCUCUUCUCUGUCGAUGAAAAGACGGGCGAAAUCAAAACCUACAGUAAUAAACUAAGUCGAGAGGAACACGAAACAUACAAUCUCAAAGUUGAAGUCAGAGAUUUGAAUGGGGCGAAUUACGGAUUAAGCUCAACUGGGAUUGUAGUUAUCAGAGUCACUGAUAUGAAUGAUCAUGCACCAACAUUCGAAAAGUCUGAAUAUACAAUUGAAGUAAAAGAGGGUGAAAGUAAUAUGAUGGUCCUCCGAAUGCCUAUUGGAGACAAAGAUUUAAAAAACACAAGUGCAAGCAGAGCUGUGUUCAAAAUCAUCAAGGGGAAUGAGAAUAAGAACUUUAACGUAUCGACUGAUCCCAAAACCAAUGAUGGCCUCUUGUACGUUGCCAAGCCUCUGAACGCAGAAGCAGCCUCCUCAAUCCGGUUGGAAAUUGAAGUGGAAAAUGAGGCACCCCUGGUUGGGAGCCACACCAAGAAGGAUGUUACCAUAGUAACAGUCAAUGUUAUAGAUGUGGAUGAAGGGCCAGAGUUUGUGCCCCGCGUCAAAGAGCUGUGGACAGAGGAGAAUGUCCCCAAAGGGAAGGAGCUGGGAUCUUACACAGCCAUAGAUCCCGAGACGAAGAGCAGCAGUGGCAUCAGGUAUCGCGAGGUAACUGACCCAGCAGACUGGAUCUCCAUCGAUUCCAGAACUGGAAAGAUCCGGACAACAGCCAUACUGGACAGAGAGUCCAGUUAUGUAAAACACAACAAGUACAAUGUGACAGUGCUGGCUAUUGAUGAUGUCGCAGCGAGAACAGGCACUGGGACCGUGGUGAUAAACCUGAUCGACCUCAACGACAACAGUCCAUUUGUCUACAAUAAGGACCUGUUCAUUUGUGAGAAUGGACCCGAACAGUUUGUAAAUAUUUCAGCCGAGGAUCAUGAUGCAUCACCCAACACAGCUCCAUUCAGAUUUCUCCUGCCAAAUGAUGCACCUGAGAUUAAAAAUAAGUGGAUGAUCUUCAGUGAAAUGGGAUCCUUUGCCUAUAUGAAGCCAACAGCUGAUAUUGUCCCUGGAUACUUUGAGGUUCCCAUCAUUAUUCAGGAUCAACAACAUCGUGAGAGCAAGGAAAUAUUGCGGAUCACCGUAUGUGAAUGCCUUAAUGGAAUGCAAUGUUCUGGCAGACUUGCAUCAAAGAAAGCAGUUCUUGGUGGUCUGGGAAUCUUUACCAUGUUUCUGGCUGCUUUGUUACUGCUAUGCUUACUUAUGGCAGCUUUUGCAUUGUAUUGUGGGAACGAUAGAAAGAAAAGGCCUCCAUUCGUUCCCCAUGGUCAAUAUCAGCAGAGCCUCAUUGUCUGCAAUGAAGAAGGUGGUGGUCAGCAAGAUAUGAAUCUUAAAGUAUUGGACAUCCCCGGGAAUUAUGAUGAAAAUGUUGGAUAUGUCAGUGGGAUGCAUGUGCGUGACAGCAACAUUGGAAACGGCAGCUUCACAGGUGUUGGCAUGCCAGUCACCAACCCUGGUUCACAGAUAGUGACGCAAGCAAUAACCAACAUCACAGGGGAAGGGCGCUUUGACCAGAAUGGCGUGAACUUCGGAAGCUAUGAGAAUGGUGGAACGUCAACUUUUGGUCGAAGGAAGAGUCAUGGCUUGAUAGAGAUCCUUCGAUCUCAAGUUGACCAGGUGUAUGAAGAGGAGCAGGAAGAUAUUGGGGUACCGUAUGAUUAUGUACCUGAAUUUAGUCAUGAAAGGGUCAAUUCCAUUCAUGAGUCCAUUGCCAGUGAUGUGGUAGACGCCAGAGGACUGGAAUACAUGAACAGUUUGGGACCCAAGUAUGGACCCAUGAACAGCUUCUCAUUAAAGAAAUAACAGAUAUUUUAGAUCUUUAGCCAGCUUGAACCUUUUCACUUUUAUAAACUUGCAAAUGUUAUUUGGGAAUGUUAUUCUGUGUAGUUUGAAGCUUCUUUCAGAAGAUUUACAAGCCUGGUUGCUGUCUCGCAUUCCUUUGAUACAUUCACUACAAUUGAUCAGUUUGUCAAGUUUCAUGACUACCUGUAGUAUGUAACAAAAAAAAAUCUGCAAUAAAGAUGUAUCCUUCAGUUUUAUUCAUGACCAGCAAAGGAGGAAGCAUGGUAUAUUUUAAUUUGAAUUUAUAAUGUAUAUCUUAAAUGUAAAGCUAUUGUAAAAUAUUAUUCUUAUAGAAGGAAUUUUAUAUUGGAUGCAAGGAAAUACUUGGUUGUCUUUCUUCCUUGGGACUGUUGGAUGCUGAGGUGAGACCUCUUUGUAGAGAAGUCUAGAACCAGAGAGUGUUGGUUCAAUGACAUCAAAGUUAGUCAGUGAUGUCAGGAAGGAUAGUUUUUCACCAAGGAUGACUGGAAGCUGGAACACAUUGCCUGUUGGGCUGGUGGAGGCAGAGACUCUCCCAGCAUUUCAAGAGCAUAUUGAAUCAUCAGGUGGUAGAAAUCUACAGACUAAGAACAGGUAAACAGGAUGUGUUGAUAGGUGAUUGAUGGCUAGUAUAGACUUGUUGGGCCUGUUCUUGUGCUGUGAUCCAGUUAUAAGGAUCAAGUUCUCGAGAGGCCGUGAGCUCCUCUUUCCACACUGAGUAAGAUCAUACUGAUUGGAGCCUUAUGUUAAUCUUCACCUUGCUGUUAACUCCCCAAAAAAAUCUGUCCAUCUAAACCUUGAAUAUUCAACAACUGUAUUUCCACAGAUCAUGCCUUCCAUAAAGGGAGGCAUGCUGUCAGUAGUCAUCCUGUUCCAUUCUUUUACAAUCUCAAACGUUUCAAAUGGAUUUAUCAAUGUUUCAAAAUGGCCAAAUGUCACUAAAUUAACCUUCAUUGUUUAUAGUACAGUGAUGCUUUCAGUGGGUUGAUCUGGUUCUGUGAAGGGUGGGAGCUAAGCCAUUCGUCCUGAUUGCUUAAAAGCAAGAUGUUGGAGGAAUUCAGCAGGUCAGGCAGAAUCCCUAGCAGGAAAUGAAGAGUUGAUGUUUUGGGUCAACAGAAAUGUUGGUCAUGCACUCCCCCUGCCGUGCCAUGGAUUCUGACCUCCUCCAGCAUUUUGGUUGUUGCUUCAGAUUCCAGCACCUGUACUCGCUUGAGUCUCCUCACUGGCAUCUGUUGCUAUUUUCUUGGAACUCAGUGCAUUGCCACUGAAAGGGAAAUCUGUUUGAUCCUUUGUCCCCCUGCCUUGGAUUCACUUGGAAUGUUGAAAUGAGGGACCACUCCUAUCCACAGUGUAGCAGAGUUCAGGGGAAAGUUUGUGAUUGUCAAAUGGUAUUUAGUUUUUACAUUUGAAUAUGUUGCUUGUCUGUUACCUACCAAUUCUCAUUGCGGACACUGCCACCAAGCUUAAUAUUUCUUCCUAAGAAGGUUGGAAUGAGUUACUGUGCUGUGAUCCAAGACCAAGGUUAUUCGUAUUAGUGUCAGGGGCUCUGGGAACACUAAAUGCAAGCUCUGGAAGCUAAGCUCUCAACAGAGGUGUAGCUAAAUCAUCAUACAAGUUUCUCUGCCCUCUAUCCUUGAUUUAAAAUACACUUAAAGAAAAACUGUCCAAGGUUUAUUUCUCCAGUAUGACUCAUUCUGUAUGACUUCAGUCCAGUGAAGUACCUGGUAACCUUUUACCACAUUAACAAUGUUGUAUAAAUGCAAAAGUUGAGAUUUGGCCAGUAUUGUAAAUAUGAGAACAUACAGCAAUACAGAUCUACAAACAGUCCAUAGAUCCAGGGGGUAGUUUCAUGAAUGUUUCACUUCAAUAAUUUUUAAACAUAAUUGCAUACUUCAUUGGGUCUUAAUUAAAAAGUAUUAUCUGUUUUAUUGGUUAAGAAACUUGUCUUAAUUCUUUACAUUAAAGAGUUAAAUGUUAUCUUUUUAAGAAACAAAAUGUGUUUCACUGUUAAAUUUUGGUCGCAAUUGGUGCACUCCCAGAUUCUACCCAAGGCAGGCAGGCAUUGGAGCAGAGAACCAGGCGGAGCUGGCAGUUACUACCCUGAACUGAUUGUGCUGGGCCAUUCCUGCAGGCAGUUAAGGCAUCCAUCAUAUUGCUGAGAGUCUGCAGUUGCAUGGAGUCAGGGAGAUAGACUUUCUUGAAGGUUGGUGGCAUAAUAAUUUUAAGGACAGAGGUCAAUGAUGCUGAGAUUAGAUUUCUGAAUUUAUCGACAUCGCAGCAGACAUUUGAACUUGUGCCUCUGCUUAGGGAUAUGGGGCCUAAACGUGGGCAAAUGGGUCCAGUGCAGAUAGAAGCAACAAACAUGUUGCCGGAGGUAUUCAUCGGAUUGAGCAGCGUUUUUGAGAUUAAAGGAACUGACAGCGGUUUUUGGGUUAAAACCCUGCAUCAGGACUCGACGUCAAUGGUUCAUUUCCCUCUACAGGUUCUGCUUUGCUCACUGUUAUUUCAGCAGAUCGUCUGUUACUUCUCGUUCUAGCAUCUCCAGUCUCUUGUGUCUCUAAUUUAUGUGGGAAUCUUGCUUAGCGUAGACCAAUUGGGCUGAAGGGCCUAUUCCUUUGCUGUAUGACACUGCAUUGUUAGCAACAAUUCCCAACAUUUCCCUUGGUCUAGUCCUUCAAUAUGUAAUUUACCUGUACAGUGCUUAAAAAUAAGGUACCUGAUGUAAGCACAGACAAUGUGUAGUCACUUGUGUUUCUGAUUGUAACUUUAAUAAUGUUUUUUCCCUCUGAGUUCUUGAAACACAAAUAGGGCUUCCAUUGUUUUCUUUGUUAUAAAUGCUAACAGACAACUUUUAACUAUUUAAAGGAUUCAGAUGGCAGUUGGGGAAAAUUUGCAGGGCUACAGUGAAUAACUUGCGGGGUGGGAUAGAAUGAGUGGAUUGCAUUUCAGUGAGAUGGUAUGCACAAUGGGCUGAACAGCCUCCUUUAUAUAUUACCAAAUAAUCUUUCUGCAAACUUUCUAUGGGAGUUUUAGCUAUUAAAAUGAAUUGUGCCGAUGCUAUGUUAGUUUGCAAUGGUGUCAUUCUUGAUGUAAUAGAUUUUUUUUGUAUUCUUGUAAAAUAAAAUUACUCUUGUACUUAAAAAUUGGGA